GUUGGUAAUUGGUAUUGCAGCAUAUUGGUGGCGAAUGUUUGGGUCACAAACUCCAAAUUUGCAGAAGCUGGCUAUUAAGAUUUUGAGUUUGACUUGCAGUGCUUCAGGAUGUGAAAGAAAUUGGAGUGUGUUUGAGCAAGUAAUUGUGACAAAACUCUAACUAUACUUUUUAAUUUUAUUUAAUUUUGAUGAUCAAGUUAUAUUUGGAGUAUAUUUGAGAUUGAAAUCAACAUUUAUUUGUUAUGUUGUAGAUUCAUUCCAAAAAAAGAAAUAGGCUUGAGCACAAGAGGUUGCAUGAUUUGGUGUUUGUCAAAUACAACCAACAAUUGAAGCAAAGAUAUAAUGCAAGAGAUGAAAUUGAUCCAAUUUCUCUUAAUGAUAUUGAUGUAUGCAAUGAAUGGCUCGUGGGAGAGAUGGAUCAAGAUGAUGAUAAUGAUGCUGGAAAUGAUUUGGUAUUUGAAGAUGAUGAUGCUCUAAAUUGGGCAACUGUGUAUCAGGCUUCGGGGGUUGGAGAGUGUAGGAUGUAUACUAGGCGGAAAAAGCAAAAAACAAGUGUUGCUGCUGCCCAAACUUCUAAAAAACAGGCAAUGGUUGUUGGAUCUUCAUCAAGGAAGCAAAAAGCAGUCCAAGAAAAUGAUGAGGAUCUAGAUGUUGAGGAGAAUAUUGAUGUUGAAUCUGAAGAAGAAGAAAUCAUGGUCAAUUUUGAGGCGUCUGAUGGGGAAGAGGGAAAGGGAGAUGCUCCAUUACCAUAUGAUAACAACGAAGAUGAUUAUGUUGGGAUUGGAGAAGAUGAUUAGAGCCUUAACCUUCACUUUGCACUUUGCAUUAUGUUUUUAUCAUUUUCUUAUUUUGAACUCUUUAAUGAGUUUAUUUGGUGUUGGUACUUGAUUAUUGUAUGAACUCAUGAAACUUUUUUAGUUUAUUUGAAUGCAAUCCUUUGUUUUCUUCAAUUUCAAUGAGUUUAUAUAUAUGUUUUUUUUUUUUUUUGUGUCCGCCAUGACAUCCGCCAUUUUCCGCUACGCCAUCCGCCAUAUUUUUAUGGCGGAUUUUUGACUUUCCGCCAUGAACCGCCAUCCGCCAUUAACAACAUUGAUUGA